AUGGACGCUCACGAUCUCUUUCGGCGCCUGGGGUCGGGCGCCAGGUUCGACGUGAGACGCUUCUCGGCGGACGCGUCGCGAUUCCAGGUUGGGAAAAGGAAAUACAACUUUGAUUCAUCAGAGGUGCUUCAGAGACUGGACUUCUUUGGAAACAAGAAAUCAGUUCCAGGAGAGUCUGGCACAUCAGCAAUACUUAAAUCCCAAGAUGAAGAGGAAAAAGAACAACUUACUGAAAGGAAGAGGGAACAAAACAAAAAAAGGAGGAAAAAGAUGUCUUCAGAAAUUAUUCCUGAAGAAGAAGAGUCUACUAUUCAAUGGAUAUCAUCUGUGGAAGCAAAGAUAGAAGAUAAAAAAAUUAAAAAAGAAACUAAACUAACUUCAGGAAAGUUGGAAAAUCUCAGAAUAGAAAAGAUAAACUUCUUCCGAAAUAAACACAAAAUUCAUGUUCAAGGAACUGAUCUUCCUGACCCAAUUGCUACGUUUCAGCAACUUGACCAGGAAUAUAAAAUCAGUUCUCAACUGCUUCAGAAUAUUCUAGGUGCAGGCUUUCAGACACCUACACCAAUCCAGAUGCAGGCUAUUCCAGUUAUGCUCCAUGGUCGAGAACUUCUGGCUUCUGCUCCUACUGGAUCUGGAAAGACUUUGGCUUUUAGCAUUCCUAUUUUAAUGCAGCUAAAACAACCAGAAAAUAAAGGCUUCAGAGCUCUGAUUAUCUCACCAACACGAGAACUUGCUACUCAGAUUCACCGAGAGCUGGUGAAAAUCUCUGAGGGAACAGGAUUUAGGAUACACAUGAUACACAAAGCAGCAGUGGCAGCCAAGAAAUUUGGACCUAAAUCUUCUAAGAAAUUUGAUAUUCUUGUGACAACUCCAAAUCGACUUAUCUACUUAUUGAAGCAAGAUCCACCAGGAAUAGAUUUGACAAGUGUUGAAUGGCUGGUGGUAGAUGAAUCUGACAAGCUGUUUGAAGAUGGCAAAACUGGGUUUAGAGAACAGCUGGCAUCUAUUUUCCUAGCCUGCACCUCCCACAAGGUCAGAAGAGCUAUGUUCAGUGCAACCUUUGCAUAUGAUGUUGAGCAGUGGUGCAAACUUAAUCUGGACAAUGUCGUUUCUGUAUCCAUUGGAGCAAGGAAUUCUGCAGUAGAGACUGUAGAACAAGAACUUCUCUUUGUUGGGUCUGAAACUGGAAAACUUCUGGCAAUGAGGGAGCUUGUUAAAAAGGGUUUCAAUCCACCUGUUCUUGUUUUUGUUCAGUCCAUUGAAAGGGCAAAAGAACUUUUUCAUGAACUCAUAUAUGAAGGUAUUAACGUGGAUGUUAUUCAUGCAGACAGAACUCAACAACAGAGAGAUAACACGGUCCAGAGCUUCAGAGCUGGAAAGAUCUGGGUUCUUAUUUGUACAGCCUUGCUUGCCAGAGGGAUUGAUUUUAAAGGUGUGAACUUGGUGAUCAACUAUGAUUUUCCUACCAGUUCCGUUGAAUAUAUCCACAGGAUAGGUCGAACUGGAAGAGCUGGGCAUAAGGGAAAAGCUGUUACAUUUUUCACUGAAGAUGAUAAGCCAUUAUUAAGAAGUGUUGCCAAUGUAAUACAGCAGGCUGGAUGUCCUGUACCAGAAUACAUCAAGGGUUUCCAAAAACUGCUAAGCAAACAAAAGAAAAAAAUGAUUAAGAAGCCAUUGGAAAGGGCAAGUAUUAGUACAACACCAAAAUACUUCUUAGAAAAAGCUAAAGAAAAACAGAAAAAACCCACUGGUCAAAAAAACAGCAAGAAGAAAGUAGCAGUUAAAGACAAAAGUUUAAAAAAAAAAACUUUAAAAGACAGUAAGAACAGUUUGUGACUCAUGCACAAAUGUUGCUUUAAUGGAAUUCUUCAAGUCUUAUCAAACAUUUGGAAUCAUCUACAUGAACAUGGGACUGAUGAAAAUAGAUCCUAAACUAUCAGUGCUUCUUGUAAAUUUGUAGGUGACUUUCAAGUGAUUGUAUAAAUGAAGGAAAUAACAUUCAUUGAUAUUUCUGUGGCUUGAAUCCAGAGAGAUACUUCUUAUAGAAGAACAAAAGCUGUUGAAAAAGAAAAUAACAGCAUUCAGUUGUGGACUCUUAAGUGUUUUCCUUUAAAGGAUGAAGAAAGUGUGAUACUGUGCUAUGGAGAGGCACUUGGAACCAAAUAUCCAAGAAAGGCCUUAAGAUUGGGUAUCCCUAUAUUCCCAUCCUACCCCACCUCACCUUUUUUUUUUUUUAAAGAUGGACAAGAAGUUGCAUAUUUAACGAGUAAAAACUUCUGCUCUGUU